AUGCGGCAGGCAGGGGUGCAGAAGGCAAGGGCGACGCUUCGACAUGCGACACAACAGGCAAGGGCGUCGAAGGCAGAGACGAGGGUGAAAAAGCAACGGGCGGAGGCAUUAUGCAAGGAGCGUCAUGGGCGCCUAGGGUUAUAUGACAAGCGCGACCGACGUAUAGAUAUCGUGGCAAGCAUUGGCACAUGGGCAGGCACUGGUGCGAGA